AUGACAUUCGAUCCUGUGCCUGUGGUGUGCAGUACAUGCAUAGACUUUUUCCCUCCUCAGUCCUCAACUCAAAUGAAUUCCUUCUUCGCUUCAAAAUUCCUACAUACUACACAUCAUAUCACUAGUCCACCUAGCUCUCUCUCUCUCUCUCUCGCACUCUAUCUUCUGGAGUUGUGCCGGCCGGCGGCGAUCCUGAAGGCUACCCUUCUCCUAUAGUAUUUGGAAGCUAGAUAUAUAGCCAAUAUCCAAUAAUCCUCCUCACCUCACCUCCUAUGAGGUUUGCGUCCUCUGAUCCAUCAUUACGGACUACCACCUAGUAUAGCUUGCAGGCUGGGCGGCAUUUAAACCUCCUGGCUCCUACAUAUAUAUAUAUAUAUUUCCGACGACGCUAAGCGAUUUCACAACAUCGAUUUCAUUCCAUCUUCUCUCUCAUUAGGGCGGUUAGAUCAGAUCAGAUCAGAUAUAGAUCGAAUUUAUUUGUUUGGUGAGUACGUACGUAAACAUCAGAUCAGAUCGAUGGGAAGUUGCGGAAGGAGCAGCGGCGGAAGCGGCAGUGGAGUGAGGCAAUACGUGAGGUCAAAGGUGCCUCGUCUCAGAUGGACUCCUGAUCUCCAUAGCUGCUUUCUUCAUGCCAUUAACGCUCUUGGAGGCCAACACAAGGCUACACCAAAGCUUGUGCUGCAGCUCAUGAAUGUUCCAGACCUCACCAUCUCUCAUGUCAAAAGCCAUCUUCAGAUGUACAGGAGCAUGAAGCCUGAUCUCAGCAACCAAGAAGAGGAUAAAAACAGUGCGGAGGAGAAAACCAAACAACCCUUUGUCGACGUAGUCCGUACUGCUGCAGCAGCCCAUGCCCGCCAUGAUUACCAUCAUUUAUCGUCUUCUUCCCCUUCAUCAUCAUCUUCUCUUGUGUUCCAGCUUAACCCUUGUCCUCUUCCCUCCAAAAGAGGAGGGCGAACAGAGGAGAGUGCGAGUUGGGGUAUGUCGUCGGAGAAGCACAAGGUUGGGAAGGGGCGAGAAAAAAGAAGAAUAAUUUGCGAGGAAGAAUGUUGUUGUUUGUUCUGUGGGCUCAAUAAGAAUCCCCCCACCCCCUCCCCCUACUUUUGCAAUGCUACACAGCCACCAGAAUGUCCCAAUCAUAGCAGCAGCCUCAACGCUUUUUGCAACCUCCCCCCAUUCAUACCCACUCAUCAAGAGCUUGACUUUUUCAAGGUGGUUGAAGGUGGAGGAAAAGAAGAAAAAUGGAAGACAUCAAAGAAGCGCAAACGUGAAAGUGAGGAAGAGAAAGAUGAAGAAGAAGGGUGCAGAUUGUCAUUGUCUCUCUCAAUAUUGCCUCCUCCAUCUACUCAAACAAGUAACAAUAAUGCUUCUUCCACAAGUGAGAUUAGUGAGGCUGCUGCAAUCUCAUCAUGCUCUAACCCUAACCCUAACCCUAAUUUUGGCUUGCUCCUCAAACCUCCCAUCCUCAAUCUUGAUUUGUCUUUAUGCAUCGACUGACUGAAUAUAUAUUAUAUAUAUUCCAUUUCAAACUUAUUAGUUAUUUGUA